CAGUCCACACCCCACCUGUCCACAGAACCACCCAGGGCGUCACGUACAGACGACACUUUGAGGAUACCUCAGGACACAGCGAGAAAAACAUCCAAGAUGGCGGAGGGGUGCUGUGGCUCCAUUAUCAAGAUCUUACUCUUUAUCUUCAACUUUGUCUUCUGGGUGACCGGAGCGGUGCUGCUGGGAGUGGGCAUCUGGCUGCGUGUGGACCAGGAUGUGUCCAGGUUCGUGUCAGGUGACCUGAACAUGACGUGGUUCUACACGGCCUGUUACGUCAUGAUCGCCGCCGGAGCCAUCACCAUGGUAACGGGGUUCCUGGGCUGCUGCGGAGCCAUGAAGGAGAACAAGAUCAUGCUGAUGAUCUUUGCGGGUAUUUUGGGAGUACUGUUCCUCAUCGAGCUGAUAGCGGGGAUCCUGGGAGUUGUUUACCGUGAUCAGGUAACGGAAUGGACGCGCAGCUCUUUCAUUGAAGCGCUUGGUACGGGCAAGAUUGAUGCCAAGAGUGAGAGUUUCAGGGAGCUCGUGACGGUUCUGCAGGACCAGUACUCGUGCUGCGGUCUCGUCAACAACACGGACUGGCAAAACCCCUGUGACCAAGACACGUGCCUCUGCAAAAUCGCCAACCAAUACUGCAGGAGUUACUUCCCCACUCCACAGAGUUCAUGCAGUAUCUUCAGGCCGUGCCUGUUUGAAUUUGAAAUCUACCUAAAGAAAAACAUCAUCGUCAUCGGAGGGGUGGGGCUCGCCAUCGCCUUCAUCCAGUUGGUCGGCAUUGUGUUCUCUGUCAUCCUGAUCAGGAAUGUUAGUGGUGGGGAGAACAUCGCCUAACCCCGGACAGCGUCUGACCAAAGAACGGCGAAAACAGUUGCAGCCGCCACAUCUUUCGAUUGUAGAUGAAAAAAAAAACGUUUUGAUGUGAUUAUGAACACUGCGUAUUUUAAGUGCUUAAACGUUACCUGCUACAUGCUACAUACAUUGGAAACUAGGUAUCAGUAGACUUCUGGAUGUAAAUGGCUAGACCACCGCGUGUCCAGGUCAUUUAAACUUGCCGCAAUAUGCUUUGACUGCCAUGUUACUGUGUGAGAACUAAGUUAGAUCUAGUGAUACACGUACCAAAAAGGAUGUGAUUUCUUUAAUAUUGGGUAAAAGAAUGCAUGGCCACCGAAGUCUUGGAUAGAAUGCACACAAGUUUCCAAUUUUGCAAGAAGUUAUAAUAGAUGUUUCUCCUGCAAACGAGAGGUCAUUUUGUUACUAAACUGUUCUGGAACUGUUCCUUGCUUACGCUCCAUUAGUUUUGUUUUCAUUUUAUAAUGUCAGUUUCAAGUUUUUAUGUUU